AUGGAUCAGGUUUCGAAUCUCCUCGCCGAACGGGGCCCCGUCGUGGCAUCUGUCGCCCUGCUACUGGCUGGUGUCUUUGUCUUGUCCAGCCUAGGUCUUUUCAGCAAUGGCGCCGCCAAAUUACCCUUGGUAGGACAGGAGAUAGGUAGCGCCGAGAAACGUAGGAAAGCCUUCAUUGCGAAUGCUCGCGACCUGUACGCCAGGGGCUACAAGCAGUUCCAGAACAAGGCCUGGAGACUAACAGACACCGAUGGCGAGAGAAUCGUCCUACCCCGUCACCUCGUCGAUGAGGCUCGACGCAUUCCGGAUAGCCACAUCGACAUCAACAAAGCAUUCGAGAAGGCGAACGAGAUCAAGUAUACUGGUCUUGGUGGCAACCAGCAACAUACUGAUUUCCUGAUCCAUCUGAUUCGCAGCGACCUCACCCGCGGUCUCAACCGUAUCAACACGCGCCUGAGUGCAGAAACCGCCGCAACAGUCAUCCGGGAACUAGGACCAUGUGAAGACUGGACCCCUGCUGUUGUCUAUUCGAAGCUCCUGCGGAUAGUCGCCAUCGUCUCUGGUAACAUCUUUUUGGGCCCCGAACUGUGCCAGCAGGACGAGUGGACCAACCCCGCCAUCACCUACACCGUGGACCUCUUCACGGCCAUCGGCAAGUUGAAGCAGUGGUCGCCAUGGACGCGGCCCAUCGGGCAGUACUUCAUCCCCGAGCUCAAGAGUAUCAAGCAAAAGAGAAAGCAGGCUCGCGCGUGGUUGGCACCAGUCAUUGCAGAACGGAGGAAGCUGAUGAAGGAGGGCAAGGAGCUGCCGGAUGAUAUGCUGCAGUGGAUGAUGAACAAAUCUGCGGAAUUCAAUAUCUCCGACGAUGAUCUGUCCCUGAUCCAACUUAACUUGAGUCUGGCAGCGAUCCACACCACUACUUUGACGACUACUAUGACCCUGUACGAUCUUGUUGUCCGUCCGGACCUCGUAAAAGAGCUGCGACAUGAGAUUAAAACAGUCCUCGCAGCCAAUGAUAACGUGUUGACCACUCAGGCGCUCUUCCAGAUGAAGCUGCUUGAUAGCGUUAUGAAGGAGUCGCAGAGAUUGAACCCUGGGAGCCUAGUGCGAUUUGUGCGUUACGUUGAGAAGCCGGUCACCCUCAGCGACGGCACGCAUUUGCCAUCCGGUUCCAUGAUCGAGUCUCCAUACGGAUCAAUCGUGCAAGAUCCCACACUCUACACCAACCCUCAGACAUUUGACGCCCACCGCUUCUUGAACCUACGCAAUGGAACAGUCCCCGAUCCCUUGGAGUACAAAAACCGGGAGCAGUACCAAUUCGUCACCGUCACCAAGGAUUUCAUGCACUUCGGGUACGGACGGCACGCUUGCCCUGGUCGUUUCUUCGCCGCCAAUGAAAUCAAGCUGAUCUUGGCCCGCAUUCUGCUUGACUACGACAUCAAGAUGCCCGACGGAGUGACAGAGCGCUACCCGAACUUGAAGAUGGGUCUUGACGACCUCCCAGAUCCCACGAGAGAAAUAAUGUUCAAGAGGGCAAAGGCGUGA